GAUGGCUCUCGCUGUAUUUCUCUCUUUCUCCCGCUCUCCUGCUUGUACUGAUUCUCGACGGGUCGAGGCUGCACAGUAGAAGCUGAGCAGAGAAUAAAAAGCGACAUUGGAGUCAUUGUUGCAACCCGACAAGUAAACAAGUCAAAUGAGUCAAAGGACAUUAUUUGUUCGGCUGUCUUUGGGGCUCGUUCUCAUUGCGACAGGUGUACGUGCCUCCUGUCCCAUUGAGUUGAGCCCCUCGAGUGUUGCGGUGAGAUAUGGAGACCCAGUUUCAGUCAACUGCAGCACAACAGUGAGCCACCAUGGAAUAGGCUGGGAGGCUUCAUAUGGAGGGACUGGGGCUGAGGAGGUCAACCAGUUGUCCUGGACUCUGGAGAAUUUAACAGAAUGGGACAUCUCUCCUUCUUGCUUCAUUAACCCAGCAGAUUCAGAACAGUGCAUGGAGAACCUUAAAAUUGUUGUUUACACAUUUCCUGAAAAAAUCCAAAUCAGCUCCAGCAAUGGCCCCAAUGGUCAGAUGACAGAAGGGAAGGAAUAUGACAUUAUCUGUGAGAUCCCCAACAUAGCACCAGUUCAAAAUCUCACUGUGAAGUGGUACAAAGGAGACAGAAUCAUCAAAUCAGAUACUUUUGAAAAUACCACUUUUAAACGUUCAGUGAAUGCGUCGUCCCGCCUUUCCUUUAAACCAUCUCGACAAGACAGCGGUGCCAGGUUCAGAUGUGAGGCACAGAUGGACCUCAGACCAGUAGGGCCACAUUUUAAUGUAUCAUCGAAAGAGUAUAAUAUUACAGUUUUUUUUGGACCAGAUGUGCAGUGUCCUGACACUCUUGAGUUAUUGGAAAAUGAAUCUUUGGAGGGGAAGUGGAAUGUGACAGGAAAUCCCACCCCCUCAGCCAGAUGGCUGAAAGAUGGACAACCCAUCAACCUAACCGCUCCGAUGAGAAGAGAAAAUGCAGGGAUGUACACAAUUGAAGCUGAGGGCUUAGUGUCUGUUCAAAAGAACAUCAUAGUUCAUGUGUUAUAUGGACCAGAGCUGAGGUGCCCAAGCACUUACACUGCAGACGAGUUCACUCCUUACACUCUCAACUGCAUUGCUGAGGGCUUUCCAAAACCCGACACGGUCUGGUACAAGGAUAACGAGGAGGUGGAUCUUCCAGAGAAACUGACGAGAAGGGAUGCAGGACAAUACGUGAUCACAGCUUCAAAUAAUCACUCAAAUGUUAGCGUCACUGUCGAAAUUUUUGUCCAAUAUCCACCAUCCCAGAUAUUUGAGCUUCAAGACCUUGAAAUUCACAGCGGUUCCACUGCAGAGCUGAAGUGUGCUUCCAGGGGAUACCCACGACUAAAUUAUACCUGGCAUUAUUACCAGACUGCCAAUGUGAUGGAGGAAAAUGAAGAUGGAGUGUCCCUUCUGAAGAUCCACCAUGCUAAUGCAGACAACAUGGGCUCCUACACAUGUGAUGCUUGGAACAGCAAAGGAAAUGUCUCCAAAACAGUCAGAGUCACAGUUAUAGGUGCUAAGCAAACAUGCCCACUUGAAAUAACCCCAAACCCAAUGGUGAUUGAAUACAAAAGCAGAGCGCAGGGGGCAACAUGCAGCUCAGUAUCCACCAACUCUGAAAAUGUUUUGAGAAUACACUGGGAGGGUGUCAAAACUGAUAACAUGACUUGGUGGGCUAACACCAGUGAAGACUGGACAUUAAGGCCUGUUUGUACUGGGAUAUUUCAAGGAAUAGGAAAAUGCAAUAACUCUUUGAACUACACUCUUUACAAAAAACCAGACAGUGUUUCCAUCUAUCGUGUGAAUACCUGGAGCUCCGUGGAAGAAGGCAAAGAGUUCCAGCUACGGUGUGAUAUUGUCAACGUUGCUCCGGCACAAAAGCUCUCUGUGUUGUGGUACAGAAAUCAAGACAUACUGCCACAAACUGACUGUCGGCUUGAAAACAACAAAACCUGCAAACUCAGUGAUGUCAGAUCCCCGGUAAAUGUAUCUUCCACCCUAAAGGUCACUCUGCAAAAGCACGACAACGGAGCAGAGUUCAGAUGCGAGGCUCAGUUAAACCUGGGAUUAAAGUCUCCUCCAAAGAUAACGUCCAGCGGUCUUAACUUCACAAUAAGCUAUAAACCCACCAUUAAUAUCACAAAGCUUCCAAGUAAAAUCCCUCUGUUCAGAGGGUAUCCUGAGAAGCUUGUGUGUGAAGCUGAUGGCUUCCCAUUUCCAAAGAUCCAGUGGUACUACAACUCGGAUAAAGAGCCUCUUGUGAAUGUGUCUGAAGGAAAGCUCAUUGUGUCUAAGCCUGGCAUCUACACCUGCAAUGCUACCAAUGAUGCUGGUCACGCAACACAUGUGCUUGAAGUUGUUUUAACAGAGGACUACCUGCCCCUCAUCGCUGGCUUUGUAGCUGUCACGGUGAUAGCCAUCUCCAUCAUCUUCCUCUUCAUCUACUCAAUCUACUACAAGAACACCAAGAUGCGCCAGUACAGCUUUGAAAACCCCAAAUUCAACACGCAUAAUGGGAAUGUAGCACACAGCAAUGGUGACCUGCAGUUCCCCAUGACCAAACUGUCAAAGCAGCACAUCUGUGCAUAGCACAUGCAUCUCUCUGCCACCAGAGUUAGCAACGUUUUUAAAGUCUGAAUACUGCUCAGACAGUUCAAAAUCUGUUCCUCCAAACAUCCCACACAUUUUUACUCUCACAUUACACAUCAUAAGCAGAGGUGUAUUGCUAUUUGUUUAAGUAGAGGAGCAUAUCAGUCACAGGCACGCACACAUUUUUGCUAUUAGUUUCUAAGGCUAUUUUACUACAGUGGCAAGUUUACAUUAUUCAGCUAUAACUGAGCAAAAGUCAUAAAGUAUCAGGCCAAAUUUAAAAAUGUAGUCAUCUGUCUGACUGCUUACAGCUUCCUCCUCCCUGGGUGUGUCUUCUCUCUUUUCCAUCCUUUCCUGUUGGAUAGAGAAUUUUGAAUUCUACCAUUUUUCAUGCAGUUAAUGUCAGCGUUAUAGCUACAUCUGACAGCCUGGGUGGAGGCAGGAUUAAUUCAGAGGAGGGGUGCUUCAUUACAAACUAUUCCUCUGUGUACGCCUGAAAUAUGUGUUACACUUGACCUGUACGGAGUGCAGAAGAUCACGAUACAUCAUCGCACUAAUUUGCUCUGCAGCUGUAAGCAACAGAACUGACACUGUGCCUCUCUGGUUAAGUCAAACAGUAGCUUUUUGAUGCCAAAAGAAGGUUUUGCACUGGCGCAAACUGUUACUACAUUUGGCCCUAAAUACUUUGGUAACAGCUUUGACCACUUAUUUUGUCUUCAUGAACUUUCUUGCUUUUUCAUUAACUCUUAAAGUGACAUGUAAAUUUCAACCAAUGAAGCUGUGAAUAUUUUAUUUCUUUUCUUGGAAAUAAGGGGCGUCACUCAGGACUAUGCCUCUGAUUAUAUCAGUGAUUUAUCCUUAAGGGAUGCAAUGCCAGGUGCAAUCACAAAGCUGCAGGGUCUCUUUAAGGUCAUCUUCUUGAUCACCUCUUGACCACUUCCAUCAUGGCUGCUGUUAUUAGAUCCCUCCCCGGAAGCCCUGUUCUCACAACACCACUCAUGCAAUUGUAAUUUCACUGAUUAUCACUGGUAUUUAGACCUAUGUCUCACAAGUCUAAGCCCAAAGGCUGGCCUAAGGUAAGGGCUGUGUGGCAUUAAGAAUUGUGAAUUUGUCACCACACAGCACAUCAGAUGCAAUCUUUAUUCACCAAACAACCCAUAAGAUUUAUCUCUCUGGACCUUCUGAGGAAAGCAGACAGAAUGGGACGUUCAUGAAGUGAUCUGACAAUAUCAGCCACAGUGGAAGCAGUUCAGUCCUGCAAGGAAACAGCCAGUGAGAGAGGAUCAGAAAUAUUUUAACCAAGUUUGUGUUUUUUUGUGAUGGUAACUUUGUGAUUGCACCUGACGUUGUUAGACAAAUAUGCAAUCUUUGCUUGAGAUGUACAAGUCUGUAUAUACUACUGGAUUCUUACCAGUUUUCACUGCAUAGAAAGAAGUGAGGGAUCACUCAGUUUAGCUUUGAUUCAAAGGUGAAACAUUUUUCUAUUUUAAUAAGCACAAAGGCAUGUGAUAUGGUUUUUUUUAAUAUAUAUUUUGUUUUUGUUUGAGGUAAUCUUGAUUUCAUUAAUGAUUUCGUUUUGUUUUUUUUUUACUUUCUUAAGACUUCAGAUCAGAACCAAAUUAUUUAUCACAUCUUUAGGACGUUGUGAAUCUUAGACUAAACUGCACUUUCUUCCCACCUGUCAGUUUUCACACGGAGAUCGGAACAUAAUCAAUACGUCUCUGCACAUCUCAGCAGCGUGUGCACACACUGAUUUUCAUGUAGUUUCUUUUGUAACAUUGUAUUGUAGGCAUACAUAUCAUAUUGAAAUGGCAAUCAAAAUGCAGCUGUUAAUGUGACUGUGUUACAUCAUUAAAAUGUGCAAAGAUGUUUUAGUUAUGCACCAUCUCUGUGUGGGAUUGAACAGGUGAGGACCGCCAAGCUUUGGAGUAUUUUAGACAUUAAGCACAUGCAUCCCAUGUAUUGAGCCAACUGUUGUUUAAGUCACUUCAUGUAAGCCGCUCUGCACUUCUUUCUACAUAUGUAGCCUUUUCUGUGCCUGGCUCUUUUUAAUGCCAUACUGUGUCAAGCUCUGGCCUUAUAGGACAAAAUUCUUGUUCCCCAGAUGAGUGACUGCAGACUAUAGCCCAAUGUCUAUAUAUGAACUCUAUAUUCAGGGUAAUAUUUGAUGCAAAUGCAAAUACUUUAUAUUUAUUUAUGAGAAAAAGUAAAAGACUGAAUAAUUUAGUGUUGAAAAUGGACUGCACACAGAUAAUGUUAGCACUGCAAAUUAUUGAAGAUUUAAUGGAGUUUAAGUCCUUCGUGUGAAGGGUGAGGAGGACUUUAUAACACAUUUGUAUAUAGAGCUGUAAAUAUUUGUGACUGGGCAAAAUGUAUUUUAUUAAUAAAAA